AUGGGAAUUCAUGGCCUGCUUCAGUUUAUCAAGGAGGCUGCUGAACCUACCCACGUGAAGAAAUACAAAGGGCAGGCAGUAGCUGUGGACACGUACUGCUGGCUGCACAAAGGAGCUUACGCUUGCGCUGAAAAGCUAGCCAAAGGAGAGCCAACAGAUCUUUAUGUAGCUUUCUGCAUGAAACUUGUUGAUAUGCUGCUGUCAUUUGGAAUUAAACCAAUUUUGGUAUUUGAUGGAUGCACCCUACCUUCUAAAAAGGAAGUGGAAAAGGCCCGAAGAGAAAAGCGUCAAGCCAGCCUUCUGAAAGGGAAACAGUUGCUUCGAGAGGGAAAACUGUCAGAAGCUAGGGAAUGGUUUGGUCGCAGUGUAAAUGUUACCCAUGUUAUGGCUCGUGAAGUAAUUAAAGCUGCACGAGCCCAAGGAGUUGAUUGUAUUGUUGCUCCUUAUGAAGCUGAUGCUCAGUUGGCUUAUCUUAAUAAGACUGGCAUGGUUCAAGCCAUAAUUACAGAAGAUUCUGAUCUUUUAGCUUUUGGAUGUAAAAAGGUGUUUCUGAAAAUUGACAAGUUUGGAAAUGGACUGGAGAUUGAUCAAGCUCGACUAGGAAACUGCAAGCAGCUUGGAAAUGUUUUCACAGAAGAGAAAUUCCGCUACAUGUGCAUUCUCUCUGGUUGUGACUACCUCCCAUCAAUUCAUGGAAUUGGGUUAGCUAAAGCAUGCAAGUUAUUAAAGUUAGCUAACAAUCCAGAUAUUAUAAAGGUUAUUAAGAAAAUGGGUCAGUACUUGAAGAUGAAUAUAACAGUAUCAGAAGAAUAUAUAGAAGGUUUUACACGAGCCAACAAUACGUUCCUUUAUCAAUUAGUUUUUGAUCCAGUCAACAGAAAACUAGUUCCUCUGAAUGCAUAUGGUGAUGAUGUUGAUUCAGAAACACUAAUCUAUGCGGGACGACAUUUUGGUGAUGUUACUGCUUUUCAAAUUGCUGUUGGUAAUGUUAACAUCGAUACAAUGGAACGAAUUGAUAAUUAUAACCCUGACACUGCCCAGUUUAGGCAGCAGAGAAGUCGUGACUGGAAUGAUAGAGCUGCUAACCACAUAAAUAGCAUUUGGAGCAGAGACUACAGAUUUGGCCCUAAUACGGAUACUGUUCCACUUACAAUGCCUUUACCUGAGAAAACAACAACCAAAGGCAUUGAGAAGAUAAUUAGUAUCAAAGGACUGAAACUUUCAGGCAAAGAGCUCUUAGCAAAAAGGCCAAGAAGUGAAGAGCUCUCAGAUGGAGACCUGUUGAACCAGUAUUCAUUUUCAAAAGCCAAAAAAGCCAAGAAGGAGAGCGUUGAAGACUGUGAACCACAAAAGAAUGUCUCUGCAAUACAAAGCAUUGCUACCUCAGAAAAUUCUGUCAGUAAAGAAAGCUCCAACUCCCUUCCGAGAGUUAGAAAUAAAUUUGCUUCCUUUCUGCGAAGGAAAAACAAAGAGCAAGAUGCUGUAGUUGUUCCAGGAACAAGAAGCAGGUUUUUCUGCGAUGCUACAGAUAUGCUUGAUUUUAGAGCAAAGACAGAUGAUAGCCAACUAACUCAAGACAAGGAGAGGAAUUGCCAGAAACAGGAAAUAAAGCCGGCAGCGGAAAAUGUUUCUCAGUUUUCAGAAACUGAAAGACCUACAAGGGCUACCUUAUCACUUCCUGGAGAAACACAGAAAAGUUGCUUCCAGUGGCUUAGCAUCCUCGAAAAUAGUUCAGGAAAUCCUGGUCCUCAUGCUGUAUUGUCAAAGCAGUUUCACCAACAGAAAAGCAACUACAUGGCAUCCCAGGAAGAUGAGAUCAAUAAGUUGCAAAUGGAGAGAGGGGCACCGUGUGGUGAAUCAGAUGAAGAAUCUUCUCUCGUAGCAGAACUGGAAUGUUCCUCACAGUCUUGUGUGUCUUGUAAGCUAUCAGAAAGCAGUUUGGAAUCUUCAAAAGUGUCACAAGUAUCUAACAAUUCACCUGCAGAAGAAUUUGAUUCCAGUCCAAAACUGGCUGAUAAUCUAUGUACUCAGAGCUCUCCAGUCUUUUCUGCUGUACACACUGACAAAAAGAAUAUGCUCCCAAAAACCAAGGUUCCUGGUUUACGUAAAUCCAGUUCUGUAGGGUCACAUAUUGUGACAAAGCUUAAGCCAUUGGUACCAGCUAAAGUAAGUGGAUUAAGCAAGAAACUAUCACCUGUGCAGAAGAGAAAUCACUGUGACAUUGAAAAUAAGCUGGGGCUGCAAGCCACCAUUAGUGAACUGUGGAAAAACUUCCAAUUUAAAAGAGAAUAUGAAAAACUCCCAUCCUGUAAAAAGCCAGACCCGCUGUCUCCAAUCAAAGAUAACAUUCAGCUCACUCCAGAAGCAGAAGAAGAAAUCUUUAAUCAUCUUGAACGUAGUCAUGCUCAGAGAGCUAUAUUCCAAUGA